AUGAAGGCUUUGCUCAGCGCCCUCCUCCUUCCGCUGCUUGUUGCCACCUGCCAGGCCCAGUGCCCGGUCCCCAGCCAGCUCACGAACCCGCACCCGAACAGCACCAAGGUCUGUUCCCAGAUGUACACGGACGACAGCCCCUACUACGACCUCUGCUGCACCGGGAGCGUCCUGAUGGUUGUGGCGGGCGAAGACCAGCCGUACAUGCCCCCGGCUUUCAACAACCAGAUCUCCUCGCUGGUGGUGGGCCAGCGCUGCGAGCUGACCGUCUGGUACAGGAAGGGCAAGGGUGGCAGCACGCGGAAGUUCAAAACCGGAGCAUAUCCACGCCUCCAGGAAUUCAAGAGGGGCCUCAUUAGCAACUGGGACAACGCCAUCUCCGCUUACUUCUGCAAGUGCAACUGA